UCAGACUGCAGGUGUCAGUCUGAGUAAAGCUUUCGGAUCAGACGCUGCUCAUUGUGCCUGCUGUCGGAAGAGUGAGAGAGCGAGAAAAGUUAAGAUGGAGCCCCAGAAGAAGUUAAUCAACUCAGCAGAGAGUUGCGUGGAUGACGCCCUCCUCGGCCUCGUCAGGGCCUCUGGGGGCCUCUCUCUGCUAAAGGGCCACAGGGUUGUGCUUCGGUCUGACCUUGAAAACCUCAAGGGAAAAGUGGCCCUCCUCUCUGGAGGGGGGUCGGGCCACGAGCCUGCACACGCAGGUUAUAUCGGAGCAGGGAUGCUGUCGGCGGCUGUUGCAGGAGGAGUGUUUGCAUCGCCGCCUCCUGGCAGUAUCCUUGCUGCCAUUCUCUCUUUGCACAAUGCAGGAGCCUCUGGGGUCCUUCUCAUUGUGAAGAACUACACAGGUGACCGCCUUAACUUUGGAUUGGCUGCAGAGCAAGCUCGUAACCAGGGCGUUGCUGUUGACAUGGUGAUAGUUGCAGAAGACUGCGCCUUUGACCAACCAAGUAAGGCUGGAAGAAGAGGCUUGUGUGGCACUGUCUUCAUACAUAAGGUACACAACAACAGCCUAAUAGACGUGUUAUUUACUCUGGAAACAGCUCAACUUACUCCAGGCACUCUGGGGGUGAGUCUGUCUCCAUGCAGCGUUCCCGGCUGCCUGCCUUCCUUCGAUCUACCGCCAGGAGACAUGGAGGUCGGGCUGGGUAUCCACGGGGAACCUGGAAUAAAGAGGUCAAAGGUGGCCUCUGCUGAUGAGGUGGUCAAGACCAUGAUAGACCACAUGACCAACCCAAGCAGCCAAUCGCAUCUGCCGCUGAAAUCAGGAGACAGUGUGGUUGUGUGCGUGAACAACCUUGGAGCUCUGUCUUGCCUAGAGAUGGCUGUGGUGACUAGAUCGGCCAUCAUCUGCCUGGAAAGCCUUGGAGUGGUGGUUGCCAGGGUGAUGUCUGGGUUGUUCAUGACCUCUCUGGAGAUGGCAGGAGUGUCGCUGACCCUGAUGAGGGCUGACAAGGAAACACUGAGGCUGAUAGAUGCUAAGACUACUGCCCCUGCCUGGCCAAACCUCAGCAAUGUGUGUUUGAGUGGACGCAGCUACAUCACAGAACCACAAACAACCUUCAAACGGCCACAAGAUGAGAAGCACUCUGAAGGACCACUUAGUCCUGUGAUGCAUAAAGCCUUGGAGAAGAUUUGCUCCACUCUGUUGGAAAAGCAGGAGGAACUCAAUUCCCUUGAUCGUGCGUCCGGGGAUGGAGACUGUGGUAAUACUCAUGCUCAGGCUGCUAGAGCCAUUCAGGAGUGGCUUCAAGGACAUGUGGUCCCCGGUUGCCCCGGGAAGCUGUUAUCAGUCGUUGCUGGAUUGGUGCAGGAGAAAAUGGGCGGGUCUUCAGGAGCGUUGUACAGUCUGUUCCUCACUGCGGCAGCCGGUCAUGUGACCGAGGGGCGGAGCAAUGCUGCAGCCUGGGCCACUGCUAUGAAUGCUGGGACAGAAGCAAUGAAAAAAUAUGGUGGUGCCGCCCCUGGAGACAGAACAAUGCUGGAUGCUUUGUGCCCUGCAGUUGAUGAACUGAUUAAGCUGGCCACAGCUCCAUCUGGUGGACACAUGGCUGUACUGCAAAGUGCUGUGAAGAAAGCUGCUUCAGGAGCGGAGGCAACUCGUGACCUUAAAGCAAGGGCUGGGAGAGCCAGCUACAUCUCACCCAACCUGGUCAGCCUGCCAGACCCUGGUGCUGUAGCUGUGGCAACCAUCUUGAAAGCUAUUCUGGAGGUGCUAGAGGGGCGAAAGUGAUGCAGCCACCAGGAUAAGAGUAGAGGGCUAAUGCUACCUAAACAAAACUGUGAUGCAAGAGUGAUUAUCAUUUAAAAUAUUUUGAUUUUUUUGUGAUGCAUAUUUUACAUUUUUGGAAGCUAUUUUUCACACUAUACACAAAGUAAGUCAUUACAAGCUGUUAAACUGAGUUUACGAAACAAAAGGAUGUAAAAAAUUAUGGCAGCAGUGCAAAGAUGUAAAGCAAAAAUCAAGAAAAAUAACUUUGGUAUUGUCUCUAAAACAUAUUCCAUUGAAAACUGAAUCAUAUGAACAGCAGGAGACUUUUGUAGCAGAAGGGAAUAUUCAUAGUUUCUACUAAUAAAGGAAAAAUCUAUUAAU